GGAAAAUGGUAUAGUAUAUAUUCCUUUUAUGUUGGUCGAACAAUUAAGUAGUAGGGGUCGAAAUGUACCCGGUAUGCACUGCGACUGUAUUUCCUUACCUGCAAAACCCCGGAGUAGGAUUAGUAGCAUUCCUACUACUGUCAUCUGCCACCGGUGAGGGGAUUAAAUCCAGCAUUUUGAAGCUGAUAGAAUUGAUCGGUGAUCUACCUCACUAUUCGGGAUAUCUUUGCAUACUAGUCAAAAUAUUCAACUGGAGUACACCCACAUCAAUUGAACACUAUGUGACCAUCAAUAAACUUUGUUGAUCAUUAAUGCCUACUAAUUGAUUGCCAUACUUAUGGUGUAGUUCUAAUGAGCUGUGGAAUAGUAUAUUGCUCUCACCGUCUCAAAUAAAUACCUCGGUCUAUCCAUACUCCGGACCGAGUGAAGCGCAAGGGAUCUACAGACUCAAGUCUAGGAAAAGCAACAGCCAAAUCUCACGCA